AUGAAAAAGGUCUGGUCGGAUGAGAACAAAUACCAGAAAUGGCUCGACGUAGAGCUGGCAGUGGCCGAGGCGUGGACGGAGGAGGGUGUUAUUCCCCUGGAAGACAUGGAACGGCUGCGUCCGGUCCAGUACAACCAUCAGCGAAUGAUGGAACUGUUCGAGACAACGCGGCACGAUGUCACUGCUUUUCUCAGCUCUAUAACGGAAGGCAUAGGCCCAGAGGGACGCUGGCUGCACUUGGGAAUGACUUCGUCCGACAUGCUGGAUACUGCCCAGAGCCUGCAGAUGGUGGAGGCCGGAGAACUGCUCCAACAGGAGUUGUCUCAAGCUAUCGAAACGCUGGAAAAACAGGCGGUGGCAUACAAGGACACCAUAAUGAUGGGCCGAACCCACGGUGUCCACGCCGAACCAAUGACUUUCGGUUUGAAGCUGGCCUUAUGGAGAGAGGAACUUAAGAGGCAGUUGGACCGCCUUCGGGAAGCUUGCGAAAGCAUUCGAGUUGGCAAGAUCUCCGGCGCCGUGGGCACUCAUGCCACCAUUCCUCCUGCCGUAGAAGACAAGGUGUGCCAACGGCUGGGUUUGGAAGUUGCGCCGGUAUCCAACCAGGUUAUCCAGCGUGACCGGUACGCACACUUCGUAACUACCCUGGCUCUUGUGGCGGCGUCAUUGGAGAAGUUCGCCACCGAGAUACGGUCCUUGCAGCGUACCGAAUUGCACGAGUUGGAAGAGCCCUUCGGCCAGGGACAGACCGGGUCAUCUUCCAUGCCCCACAAGCGCAAUCCGGAAUUGGCCGAGCGUAUUUGCGGACUGGCAAGACUUAUACGUGGGCACAGCGUAACCGCUCUGGAAAACGUAGCCCUGUGGGGAGAACGGGAUAUCAGCCACUCUUCUGCCGAACGCAUCAUUCUGCCUGACUCGUGCCUGGCAUUGGACUACAUACUUUCCAUUUUUACCCGAAUCGUGAAGGACCUAAGGGUGAAUUCCGACCGGAUGUGGGUCAACGUGGAGAGCAGCCGGGGCCUUGUCUUCAGCCAGAGAGUACUCCUGGCGUUGGUGGACAAGGGAAUGGCCAGGGAGGCUGCAUACAAGGUAGUCCAGCGAAAUGCCAUGCGCAGUUGGGACUUUGGAGAGGAUUUUCGCGAAUUGCUGCGCUCCGACCGUGAAGCUCAGGAAUGGCUCCCUGGCAGCAAUAUGGAAGAGUUGUUCGAUUACGGCUAUUACACCAGGUACGUGGAUGACACUUUCAAGCGAAUUGGCCUGCUCCCACUAGAGAUUGCUGCUCAAGUCUGA